AGACGACUGGUGUUGAGCUAUUACCCACAGAUCUGAAAUUUUAUCAGACGUUUGGAGGCGAAAAGGUAUAUUACAUGUAUACUGUGUAUACAACCUUUUGCGUUCAAGAUUACCGAUUGAAGCGUACCAUCAUAAAAUCCUACAGUAAGCCAUAGCCUCGACUUCUUCCAUGUGGCGAAUACUUGGUGGGAAUGUAUGGGGUGGAAUUUAGUUUGCCACCAUAUCACCACCUUUGUUGCGGGAAAUCUUAGUUUUUUUUAAGUUUUUGCCUUAAAUUUCAUGCAAUAACUAUAUAUCAGAUAUAUACAGUAGCCUACCACGGUUUCAUCGUCAAAAAAAUAAUUGUCACACCUUUGUUACACAAACUCAGUAUUGCAUGAGUAAAUUAGCCAACCGUAGUGCUUUAUUUUGCUCACAUGAUAAUACUGGACACCUGGUGAAGUAUAUCAAUAUAUUGAACUGCAUAUUUCAAAAUUAAUUCACCGCACUUUAAGUGUUGAUUUAUUCGUAUAACUGUAUAUGAGAUGUCAUUUCAAAUCCUCCAAUUCGGACUGGACUAUAUUUCAAGUCGUCGCAUUUUGAUCCAGUCCUUUGCUUCGCCUCUGACUUGAUCAAAUUGCGCGGAGUCCGCGGACGUGAAAUCUUGUCCAGUCCUCAUAGCUGGAUUUUAAAUAUUACCUGUACAUCAAAGGGAUAUUAUUGGCAGCCUCCCUCAGUAUUCGCCACUGUUUCCUCCUUUUGAAAUCAGGCAGAAAGUUUGAGAAUUGAUGGAACUAAACACAAUGAAAAAUGUACAUUGUAUUCUCGGAUUGAUAUAUAGAAUUAAACACAAUUAAAAACGUAUACAUUGUACUGUAUUCUCGGUGCUGUUGCCAAAUAAGCCGUUUUUUCUUCUACAAAACCCUGCCCAGAAAUUAACAACGGCACAUUUAAUUCCUCUCGCUCAGGUUAUAUUCGAGAAAGAAGAAGUCGAUUCCAUCAAGUCCUCAGGCGACACUGGUGAGUAGUUAAUCAAGUAUAUCUCGGCCGUAUUGAUGUCGAGGAUCAAAAGCAUAGCCAACGAGAAACCCACUUGAAACUCAUCCAAAUGUCUUUUUGAUGCAUUAAGUAAUUUGUUGCUUGUGUACAAAUUUGGGGGACUAAAAAAUAGAUGUCGUCAAUAGGGGGGAGGGGAGGGGGGGGGGGGUUGCAAUGGCUCAUUAUCGGAAAGCAGGUUAUACAGUAAUUUCAACAAGCUUUUGUUGAUAGGGAUGCACCUACCGUAUUUACUCGUUUGAGCGCCGCGGCGCUCUUUAAAUUUUCAGAGCUUCAGAUGCGGCGCUCAUUCGGGGGCGGCGCUCAAUCGGGGCGGCGCUCUUUAAAAAAACUUUUAUUUGUGAAUUAUAACAAGAACUUUUAACAAUAAAAUAAACAAGUUUUAAAAGGUUUUUGUCACUAUGUGUCCCCAUUUUGACGGCGAAAUGUUUUUAUACUGUUUAGUGCGGCGCUCAUUUGGGGGCGGCGCUCAUUACAAAAAUUUGAUCUCAAAUGCGGCGCUUAUUCAGGGCGGCGUUCAAUCGAGUAAAUACGGUACCUGAAAAUAUAUAAGGAGAAUUUCGACGUUUUAAGCGAAGGCCCUUCGUCUUGCUCGAAAGUCGAAAUUCUCCUUAUAUUUCCAGGUAGUUGCAUCCCUACCAACGAAAGCUUGUUCAUUUGAUUGGCACUACCUACACUGGCAACGACAGUUCAAGAUUAUAUUCAGUAAUUUAGAUUUGCUACAAGUCGACUCGUACCGCAACGCAUUGUGAAUUGUCUGGCAUUGUAAGGAGUAAAACGAGUGUGAAUAAGUGAGCGUAUAAAACGAAUGGUGUAGUUAUAAUGAAACCGUCAACUGUUCUAUUGCAGGUUUAACACUGUUGGGUUUCAAACCACGCAGUUCAUUAAAACGAUAUCAUCAUGUGAGACCAGCUCAGUUCAUUUACCCUGAUGAGAAGGUAGGUUGUUGUAAUAUGUACUGUACAUACCUGUGUGUAAAACACAACUUGUUGCGUUGAAUGUAGAUCGUAGCAAUACAAACUUCCAUGAUUUGCAUGUUGUUUACAUACAGACGCACAAUAUAGGAAAGAUCCAGAUUAUUUCCCAUCCCCGAAAUGACUAGUCCCAUGCAACAGUUACCACCAAUAAGUUCUUUGUAGGUUUGCAUGGCGAUAAAACAUAUAAUACUUUUUGUUUGUGGAAACACCACGUAAACUUAUUACUGCGAAGCUUUCGAUCCGUAAGCCCGGAUCUUCAUCAGUGCUAACAAUAUGUGACUUGUUCAAUUGAUGAUUCCCCUUAUUACGUUUUCGUAGCGCUUUGCAUUGUGGUUAUAGUUGUAUCACUGAAAUUCAAGAUGGCUUAUUUUUUGUCCUGACCCAUGCAAGAACUUUUAAAAAAAGCUAGCGUCAGGUGCGCGAUAGCCAACAGGAGAAUAUUCGCGAAAAUAUUCAAUAUUUUCAUUCAAGGCCGCUAUCUUUAUCAGUGAUACCACUAUAACCACAAUGCAAAGCGCUACGAAAACGUAAUAAGGGGAAUCUAGUAUUCACACUCCCUUUUUAUAUACCAAAGUGUCGUGAUCUGUUGGCUCCAAAUCAGCUACCACCAAAUCGAAAGCAGGGUUUACAGAUGCACACUGCUUUACAGCAGUGUGCCUGCACGCGUCCCUGAGGCGAAAUUUUAAUCAGACUACUCACAUUACAGGAAUCAAACCCAGACCGCAGAGGUGGAAUUCGUAUGUAAAAGCCACCUAGCCAGCACUAUCCCAGAUAUCAAUAUUUAUCUUUGCAUUUAGUCAAUUUCUGGAAGCAGUCGUCUUUUCACAGCCUUGUUAAAGAAAUGUGCUUCGAAAAAUUUAGUCAUCAUGUGUCGGUUUGUUCCCCGCCGUGCUGCCUCUGUGAGACUGGUCGCUCUUAUUCCACAGGUAAACCACCAAAGUCGUCCAUUGUGUUUACUGUAUAUAAGAAUAUCUUUAAUUGAACUGUAGCAACUGAGCAGUAAUCUACCUCGGUAGUUUCCAACUAGCCGAAACGUCAACCUAUGUGGAUGGAAGGUCAUGAUUUGAAUCAAGAACAUAUGAAAAUUAUAAAAUAUUGUUUAUAUGAGAUUCAGGCCUUCUUCUCAGGUUAAACAAUGAUUUAACAACGUUAAGAACUAGAUGCAAUUACUGUACUUGUAUACGAUGUCGUGAGGUAUAUAUAGUGGUUUUUAUUAUUGACCUGAAAUCUUUGAAACUGUCACACCGACUUACUCGGUGGAAAACAUUUCCUAAUGCUUACUUCAAGUAGUUCAAGAGAGAGAUUUGCUACAAAGAAUUGUUAGCUACCAUGCUAAGCGAUUUUGUUUACCUGCCAAGUUGGCCCAAACGUGAAGGUACAAUGUAAGCGAUAUUCUUCAAUAAUUAAACUCCCGUAGUUGGCAAGGUGGUUUGUGUCUGAAUUACCUCAAAAGGACUCAUUUAUAUGGUUACAAGUGCAUACAGUAUAUCUGGCGUUUUCUUUGAAAUUUUAACUGGGUCCAAAGCUCAUUCAUUAUUUAUGAAUUCCACCAUUAUAUUUUAUGUGUUUUUGUUUGUUAAUUGAUUUCCUAAUUUCUACAGGAAGAAGAAUUAGACGAACAAAAUGUUCAAGUAUCGCCUCCUGGUUUUCAUCUCAUUUUUCUGCCAUUCGCAGAUGAUUUGAGGAAGUUGUCUUAUGAUGAUACUCCUCGAGGUAAGACGCUUUGCUUGAAACUCUUUCUUUCAUCACUGGUCUGGGGCAGAUAGGCUAGCAGAUUCACCAGAGAGGCUACUGAUUUGGGUUUCGUACAUGUCCAGUUACACUUAUAUACAUUGGAAAGUAUACAUUAACUCAAAAUAGAAUAUUAACUCUGAUACUUUUUCACAAUCUAAUUUCGAUGUCAACAGAAUGCGCACUUAUUGCUCAAAAUGCCGUUCUCACAAUACACCUUUUCGAUAAUUGAAUACGUUCAUGAAUACGUUCUUGGCCUGAGAGCCUCGCUCUCGUGAACCAGGAUGAAAUGGGAUUGGCUGACGAUUAAUGAAAAUGAGGCUCCCAGGCCAAGAACGUAUUCAUGACGUAAUUAUCAAAAAGGUGUGUUUAAGCUGUUCUUAAAUUUCCAAACAUGAUACUGUAUGUAAAUAGUCUAUGUCCUCGUCAUUUUCGUAUUGUUUUGUUAUUUUUGUCUGGCUGAUCUUCACAUGGGGCCCAUGACGUGCAAGGCCAGAUUUUGGUGGAAAUAGUGAGGGAGGUGGAAAACAUUUAGGGGAGGUGCAGCAGUCUAGCUCACGACCCCCAUGGAAAGUUAGGGCUUAGAAUGGACCAAAAAGUCAACGACGUGACGUAUGCAUGUAGUGUGCAUAUGUAUCAGUGUAUUAAUGAAUUAUGACUGUACAACUCAUCCAAUUGUGCCCUUCAUUACAAUUAUUACAAAGUUUCUUUCAAAACAUUGCAUUAAAAGGGUACUUUAAUGGACACCGAGAUGGAUGGCUAUCACUGUUUCAUUUUCUCAGGGUUGGUGCAAAAAGGUCUCGCACCUCCCCACACCUUCCCUCAAAAUCCGGCCAUGAUAACUUGUUGACCACACCCUUGACCAUACUCUUAAUAUGUAUAAACAGUUUGUAUUCUUAUAUGGUUGUAAGGAAAAUAAAUAAUAAAAAACUGUGAUCACCACCCUUGCCUUUCAAGUUAGGAGACCCGGGUUUAAUCCUUGUCUGGACCUCCACUCAAAGUGCUACCUUUACACUAACGUCAGUAAAUGGUUACACUUUUGCGUCUUCUCGGAUAAGGACGUUAAAAUCGUAUGUACCUCGAAUCCCUUAUCAAUUGUGCAAUAGCAUGUACCUGGGCAAUACCAUGUUGUGAAAUCUGCUCACCAUUAAUGAGUGAGAAACUCAAUAAUUAACUACACAGAACUGCUCCACAAACGGACUAACAUGAGGAGAUUUACCGUACUUUUUAUGAAACGACACUGUAUCUUCGUUUGUUAUUCGGAGGGAUAGGUUCCGCAAAAGGUGUGGCCAUGCGAUAUUUGGAACCAAGUCAUAAAUAGUGAAUAAAUUUUGACUAAUUUUUGGUUGCACAUCAUGAUUCAUAGAGUCAUAAAUAGUCGCGCGAAGUUGGUAAAAAACGACAAGAUUAUUCUAUGCCAGUUAGUCAAGGCGUUAACCAAGGCAACUUUUCGUUGUAGUGCUUCCCAAAUUUAUCAAGUGCGUGACAUAACUAUUAAGGAGCUGUUUACAUGACCACCUUUUACCAGGAUGGGGUGGAAGGUGGGAUUAUUUUGAUGUUUUGGAAUAAAUCACAAAGCUUAAAUGAAUGUUCAAACGCCAGUUACAAGAACUCAAGUAUAUGUUCUUUGAGUUGAUAUCGUAGUUCAUUCAAGAAAAUAAUUAUUACUGCUUGAACAACCUGUCGUUUACAAUUUUAACACCAUAGUUUAUCACUAUAGAAAUUGUAAUGUAGUUUUACUGAAUCGUGCACUGUGGCUUAUUUCAAUACAUCAAAUUCAUCCCGCCUCACAUCACGUCCCAACAAAGCGAGAGUCUUGUAAACAGCCCCUGAAGCACGCCAGGUCAUUUUGUUUUACUUGUAGCGAAUGAUGAUCAAGUGGAGAAGGCGAAAGAAAUAAUCAAGACUUUGACCAGCAACUUUGAUCCUUUGGACAUUGAAAAUCCAUGUAAGUCAUCGGGAAAUAUUUAAUGUGAUUUUUGCCUAUCAGAAUAUAGUAUUGAUAGACGUCGUUGUUAUUGUUCACAUUUGUUGUUGUUGUUGUUGUUGUUGUUGUUGUUGUUGUUGUUGUUGUCGCCGCCGUCGUCGUCGUUACUGCUGUUGUUGCUGUUGUUGUUGUUGCUGUUGUUGUUGUUGUUGUUGUUGUUGUUGUUGUGGGUGAAUUCUACAUUGUAGUGUUGGCAUAUUUGAAUACACAAAACCGCGCCAAACUCAAAUUACUAAUAAAACCCUAUAAUAUGUUUAAACUUACAUUGGUUAGAAUAGUCUUCAUAUUUAGUCGUUAGAAAUUUCAUAUAUUUAGUCGCGCUAGUGUAUUACCUACAUACAGUACAGGCAACAUAUCUUUUGUAAUCUUAAAGUAUUUAAAUUUUCUCUAUAUUCUUGUUUAUAUAAUUAAUUUCCAUAUUUUGUAGCCCUACAGAAACAUUACGGCAAUCUUGAAGCUUUGGCUCUCGAUAAAGAUGCACCAGAAAGUUUCAAAGAUCUCUCAGGUAUGGUGCGCGGACCCUUGCUGCAUUAACCCACGGACCGAUUUUCGCUGCACUUUAAUGCCAUUUAAAAUAUAGAAGGUAAUGAUCAUCUAACGACCUCGUCAACUGAGAAUGUUUGUUUAGCAUGGCGCAAACACUACCAUUUUAGUCGGCCGAUUUAUGGUUUAAGUGCAUUUUAUUUAACGAAGCCAAUGCAAAUGUACGAGAAUAAUGUGCCCACAGAUUAUGGCACUGACACUUUUUCGUUUUAACAUGAACGUAAAUCAUAAAUUGGCCGACUAAAGUCAUCGCUUGUCCGCCCGGCUUCAGUAACAUUCAGCAAAAUCUGCCAUAGACCACUUUCAUCAUACAGUUGGGUUUAAUUAAAUAUCAUCACCCUCUCUUAGCUACCUCCUCCGCAGGCCAUACAGCCCGUAAUGAGUAUGCCCGUUCGCAGGUUGAAAUUUGAGACGAAGGCUUGCGUAGGUGUAAGUUCGUUUUCGUUGCUGUAAGUUCGCUUUCCGUUCGUUUCCCACCAAUUUUAUUUUUUUAAGGCCUGCGGAGGUGGUAACUCUCUUAGCAUAAUUGCCUAUUUCAUUUUUUUAAGUUUUGAGAAAUACAGAAAAAAAAUAUUUUUAUGCACAGCAACUCACGCUCGUGACAUAGGCAAAUGUUGUUUACGGCAUAUAUAAGAAGCUUUCUGAUUGGUUAAUGAGAUUUCCAUGCAACAACUGAUUACAGAAUGACUUUGGCAAAAACGCAUUUUGGCCCACAAAUUAGUUAGGCAAUUAUGCUAAGAGGCUGACGAUAUUCUUUAAUGUGCAUCUUAAUAAGCUUUCUUGGCCUCUUUUCGUCACUAACUGAAUAUAAUUCUGUAACCGGACGACGCCAAGAAGGGUUAUUAAAAUGCACAUAGAACUACUUUAAACCCAUCGGUAUUAUGAAAGUGGUCUAUUGGCUGUACUGGGUACUUGGAACGGAGAAAAUUUUCCCAGGGGCUCCUAUGAUCGAUGACAUAAUUGUAAAACAAGAGAAGCGGUGUUUUACAAUAUGGUACACUUUAUUGCAUAUUAUCCGGCCCUAGGAUUUAUUUUCUCGGUUAAGCAAAUUCUGCAUCAAGAAAGUGCAAGGGACUCCAUCGCUUUAUAGGGAUCUUUUGAGCUGCGGGCCCUGGAAAAAAUGGCCCCUGCAUGUCUCCCGGAGUAUUGGCGGCACUUGGAACUGACCUUGCAAAGAAAUAAUCUACUUUGUGUAGCCUCUAACGGUUGUAUUAUAUUUUAAAUGAGUUUUUUUAUGCAAAACACUAAGAUUUUAAUUGAUUUCAAAGAAGUGCGAUUAAAAUUUAAUGAAAUUGGCUAGAAUGCUAAGAAUAACGAUGUUAAUCGCUUUCAUUCCUUGAAUCAAAUUAACGAAAUAAAACAAAAUUUCCAGAACCAAAUAAAGCUCAACUAGAUGCAAGACUUGGUAACCUAGCAACAGACUUCAAAGAUCUUGUAUUUCCUGAAGGUUAUGAUAGUGAGGCCAAAGGCGGGAAGAGGAAGGUAAAACAAUCAGAACAAUAUAAUUUAAUGUUUUUAUGAGCGGAUUUAACGAUGGAAAACCACAGUGAUUAAAGCUGGUUUACACUAUCAAAGUGUUUGUGAUCACAAUAGGAAAUGGAAUUGUGCGUAUGGUAAAUUCUAAGUUUUGAAGAAUUCGUAAGAGAUCAUUGAGGGGAGUCAGUGUUAAACAGUGAGUUAGUUUUCUCAAAGUUAUCUGACACAUUCUUCAAAACGUAGAAUUUACUUCCUGCUGUGAUCGCAGAAACUUUGAUAGUGUAACCAUGGAUAAUAAAAUAAAUGGAUAGGAAACUAGCUAACGUGACCUAAUGUGUUCACUGGGCUAAUGGCGUGGUUGGAUGUCCCAACCUAGUUGCAAACCAAAUUCUCAAAAACGGCAUGUUUAGCAAUAACACAGCUAAACAUUUUAGUCAAAGAGCAAAUAAAUAUAACCACGCCAUUCUACGAUGAAAACUUUAAGUAUUUCCAGUCAAUUUUAGCAAAUACUUCAAGCACUAAACAGUGAAAAAUACAUCGCAAAUUUCGUUAAAAUUUGUGACGCCAAUUUCGUAGCUACAAAUAUAAAAAAAUACAAAACAAAGACGAAAAACAUUUACCUUGAUUAUAAUCGUGGCUUAGGCAUGUUUUUAAAACAAUUAGACCAGUCUAUGCUUCAAAAUCACUCUUUUAAAGUGGAAAAUAUAGCAAAACAACAAAAAUGCCGAGAACUUUGGUAAUAUUCGCAAUACGCGUGACGUCACGUUUUUCAACAAGGAUGAGGUCAAUGACGUCAGAAGUUUCCUAUCCAGUUAUUUACAAUCCAUGGUGUAACUGAACCAGUCUUUACAGUUCAUGCAUAUCAAAACCCAGUCUUGAUAUUCAUUUCUGACAGUUGUUUGAGAUAAAGCAAUUUUUUAUAGUUGUUUGAAAUAAAGAAAUAAAGCAAAAUAAAUAAAGCUUUUAAGGUUUGAAAUACAGCUAUUUAGUUGUUCAUUUGAAAGUGAAAACUGCACAACGUGCUUUGCCGUAUACGAAGUCGGGUAUGAAUGGCGGCAUUGAGGUUAUACUGUGUAUAAUGCUUAGAGGUAUAAAAAAGAGACGUGCACCUCCAUUCUAUCGUUUUCAGGUUGCUCCGACCAGAACGAAGACCGUUUGUUUUGUAUAGAAAAUUACGUACAUUGGACCCCACGUUUGAAAUUGCGUGUAAAGAAUUCCGUGUUACUAUAUUUGUAAUGAAUUUUAUGAAAAACACUACGAUUUAGAUUUCAAAGAAGUACGAUUAAUAUUUAUUGAAAUUAACUAGACCGCUAAAAAUAACGAUGUUAAUCUCUUUUAAUUAAACACAAAACAAUAGACACUCCAAAAUAUAUUCCCUAUGUUUCUACAAUUACUUUGUAGUCAUCUUCAGGAGAAUUCCUUACAAAAAUUCGGUUGUGUAUAAACUCUCAUGUUUUUCCUAUAUUUGGAAAACGGACAGAUGCCUCUACACACGCAUCAAUGAACACGCUAAGUCUGAUAAAUAAUCAUGUACAUAAUUGGGAUGAAUUUCAGUAUGUUCGUUUUCUGUUAAAUCUGCCUGGGAAUUGUGUAUAAUUAUAUUCGUACGAUUUCUGUAUAUAUUCUGUUCAGAACUAUUGCUUUUCGUAAAAAAAAACAGGGGAAUGUAUUUUUUCCCACUUCAAGUCUCGAUAUAAUUGUUUUUGCAAACUUUGUUGAAAAAAACAAUUCGCACUCCUGCAACCGCGCGAAAUUCCUUGCCGCAGGAGUCUGGGACUGGCCAAAAUGCCCUUAUAAAUCCGCCAUUUUGUGGAGACAAAAUUUUUACUGAGAAGAGAUAGGAGCACGCAUUCUAUGCCUAAUAUCACAGAAUAGAUACCGGACCAGAAGUGUCACUCCUAUGUGUUUUGGCUGAAGGAAAACGUCCAAAAUUUUUUGGCGUGCUAUGACGCCAUCCUGGAGUGCACCCGGCACUUUGUACCUAUGUUUUCCUAUGAAAAACUUCCGUGUGCACUCCAGGAUGGCGUCAUAUGAUGGCGUAUUUUCACGUCAGCACUCGUAAAAUAUCGGACAAAAUAUCGUCUGAGUGACACUUCUGGUCCUGUAUCUAUUCUGUGCUAAUAUUUCUAUGGUUGAUUUUAAUUAAACCGUUCGUGUCACGUUAGCAAUUUAUUGCGUAAGCAUGCAAAAUUUAAAUUUAUAUUACGUAAUAAAUUACAAUUAAAAAAACAUAAAACAGAUUUAACAUAUUGCUUACGCAAUAAUUUGCUAACGUGACACGAACGGUUUAAUUAAAAUCAAAGCAAUAUAUGUAAUUACUAUAACUUGAAAAUGAUGCACGCUGUAGCAUCGAAACGUCGUUUAAUAAAUGUAAUAUCGCUGUCAUUUGUUUCAAAAUUAUUUUCAAAAAAGUUUUUGAUCUAAUGAUUGGUCCUUAUUACUAUCAUUACUCUAAAGGACUGACAAUUUUCCGUGAGAUUAAUUAGAUGGCGUCAUCAAACUGUACAACUUGCAAGCAGCGACUUAUAAAUAGUUGGAUUUUUAAAAACCUGGCAUUCUCCUGAAGGUGACUACAAAGUAAUAGUCGAAACGUAGAGAAUGAAAAUGUUAACAAUUUAUGGAGUGUCAUGGUUCCCAAUAAAAUUUAGAGUAGGAGCCGUUUUGACAGAAGUAUGCAGCUAUGUGCAGGUGCAGAAGAUACCACUGCACGUAUUUGUGAGUUAACUCAUCUUAGCAGAGCAUGUGUACAUUGUACAUACUGACGUGUACUGAAUAUUAAUGAGGCGAACUAAAUAUAUUAUUUCAAGAUAUGGUCGACAAAAUUUUCAAUUUACUGCCAGAAUUUUGUGGUUCGGAAAGGCCUAAAGGCCACAAAGCAAUAUUAGGUCACUCAAGAACAAUGAAUAACAUUUUAAACUUGCAAUAUGAGCCUUUCAAAAAUAUUUAUUUACAAUUGAUCCAUCUCGAUUUCAAAAAGUAUUAGAGAGUUUACGAUCCACGACGCGGCGAGAGAAGACGCGUUAGAAAGGCUUGGUAACCAGCGCGGCCCAAGCCGCGUUUUAUUCUGUUCCCUACGUUACGAAACACAACCGCUGGUGUAAAACGUUUAUUUUGGCGGGGAAAUUAUAGGUUUUUCAAAAUCUUUAUAAUUUUUGUUUACACAGAAAAUAUAAUCAAAGGUUCUGCUUCAUCAAAACUAAAGUUAAGAACUUAAAUUCACGUUUUCAAUGUAAAAAUAUUCGAUACUCACCCGAAAUUCGCAGCGUAGUGUUGGUAGUGAUCACAACGUGAAAUUGACAAAAUUCCGUCGUAGAAUCGUUGACCACGCGUUGGAAUUACACAAGACGCGCUAGUUACCAAGCCUUUCUAGCGCGUCUUCUCUAGCCGCGUCGUGAAUCGUAAACUCUCUAUUGUUUCGUGUGCACGCAAGCAAAUUUAGGAAGUGUCUAUUCAGCCUUACUUUGUUACAAAUAGAUCAAAGUAAAGCAAAACAAAACAAAACAAAAGCCCACUAUGAGCCCCCUGAUGCCAUGCGUUGAAUACUCAGCGGCGGGCCUAUUUUUAUGAAAUAUCUGGUCGUGCCCGCUUAUUGAAUUUAUAUUGAAUAUUUUUUAGGCUGCUAGUGCGUCUAGUACGUCUACUAAACGAGUGAAAACUGAAGAAUUACCUCCAGUGGACGUCAAGGAAUAUGCCACAACGGGAAAGGUUGGUAUUGCAUAGCUUCCUCCCCAGGCAUCUCGUAGUUCACCGCCAUUGCUUGGUUUGCCGGCAACCAAAUUCUGCCCGCCAAUCUAAAGGCGAUGCCUGCAUGCGGACGAGACUCGGUAUUGGAAUAUGUCUGGAUCCUUUCAACUAAAUAGACACUAAUGCCCGGAUCAAACGAGGAUGAGAGUGCGUGUGAGUUGGCAGUCACGUGACCUUGCUUAGCUGUUCAUAUAUCAUGUAUUCUAUUAAAACAUAGUUGGAGCACUUAUCAAACCUUUACUGUUCUAAUCUAGAGCUUGAAAUUUCGACAAUUUUUUUUGUCAAAUUGUCCAUGUUCAAGUACGUUCACACGAGACCAGACAAGUUCAGAACCAUGCACGAAAGUCAGCCGAUUGUAUUUCUUUACGCGGAGGUACCUACUUGUAUAAGUAUAGCUCUGAGUGUUUAUCCACACCGGGCAGGCUUGAAAAAUAUGCCUGGCCACGGUGGGAAUCGAACCUACACCGCGGCCAGGCAUAUUUUUCAAGCCUGCCCUGUGUGGAUAUACACUCAGAGUAACAUCACAAGCAUCUUAUUCGCCUGAGUACAUUACACAGCAAAUAUCAUGAUUAUUAGAUUACAUUGAUAUUGAAGGAACUAGACUCAGUUCCGAAAUAUCACAUACUCGAACCGACCUGACCGCGUAGCUCAGUUGGCAGAGCAUUGGGCUAGUAUUCCAAAGGUCGUAGGUUCGAUUCCCACCGUGGCCAGGCAUAUUUUCAAGCCUGCCCGGUGUGGAUCAGAGUAACAUCACAAGCAUCUUAUUCACCUGAGUACAUUACACCAGCACAGCAAAUAUCAAGUAUAGCUCUGUUUCAAUAUGGCCGGCUUUCUAGUUUCCACUUUAUAAGAACUUUUUUGCUGGGUCUGUUUUCGCACCUCAAAUUUUCCACAUCACAAAUUCAAGCCAAACAACUUCAAUUUUACUGAGUUUUGGGGUCCGUUUAACGGCCACAAAAAAGUUCUGGAAAAAACGUGUACGCCUUCACUGUAUAGGAAAGCAUGGUGCUGAAUAUCGUGAUGCAUUUUUUCCCGAACAUAGUGCUAAAUUCACAGUGAAUUGCGCAAUUAUUCGAAACGAAGUGAUAGUUUUUACUGUAUCCAUAAGUCUUAUGACUCCUGUCACCCCUGUCUUUGAAUUAUAUGGAGGGCAGCACUUUUGCUUUUAGAAUCACAGGGAAGAAAACUGUGGCAAAAUGUAAACAAAGUGCAAAUAUGCAUCUUGUAGUGUCCAACUUAAAUUCAGUUUUUACAACACUGUGUUUGCGCUUUAUUGCAUUAGAGUUAAAGGUUACAGUUUAGUUGUCCUUAGCACAUAUAUAGUUCAGUGCUGGUAACCAAGCCUUAAAAUGAUCGCAAAAUUUUUUUUCUGCAUGCGGCAUAGAAGUGAAACGUUUUCUUCUCUUUUUUAGCUCAGUAAACUGACAGUUGCAAUCUUGAAGGAAUUUGCGAAAUCUAACAACAUCAAAUGUGGAACAAAGAAAGCAGAUCUUAUCGAGGCUGUGAACCAACAUUUUGAACUGGACUGACUGACCUGCAAAUUAGAUGUUGGUUCUUCAUCUAUUACUUUCUUAUCGUUAGAGUCUUUAUAUCAAGUUCUUUACUAGUUUGGACCAGACUGACUAUACUGGCGGACUACUAUACAAUUUGGUUGUGCGGUUUAAAUUCUCAUUUCUAUUCACAGCAGCGAAUUCGGACUGAAUUUGCGUCCAUUCCAGUAAGACCUUCAGUGCGCUUCUAUUUUCAUGAUCAGACCAAUCAGAGAAGAAUCUCUAUUUCUUAUUUGUUGGAAAGAUCUGAGCCAAGUUUUUCAUAAAUCUGAUCACCUUCUGAUUUGAUUCAAAUUUUCCAGUCAGACCGAUCUCAAAUUACCUGUACGUUUUGUAUUUCAUUUAACAAUUUGAUCGACCUGGCCGGUCCGUCCGUGUUAAAGAAAGAACGACUGAAACCAUGGUACACAAUAUAGCACAGUUUAUAAUGUCUACGUUGGCUUAAUACAGUAACUUGCUCCCCUUCACCGUGGCAAAAAAUAGUUAGGGCGGGGUUUAAAAAGUGGAACAUGUUGUGUUAAGGAUCUUUUCCAUUCAUUGCAAGAGUCAACUCUUGUGCUCGCUGCGAGCACGUCAUCCGAUCACAAUGCUCGGCAGUUCAUUUCAAUUAGAUGCAAGCACUCACAGCGACCUUGUGAGUUUACUCUUGCGAUGAAUGGAAAAGAGUCUUUAUGAAAAAACAGUAUAGUUUUAACUCUGUCGAAUAUUGAAGCGCUGAAUUAAAACAUUUGACAGUUUAACAACAUACAAAUAACCAUGUGUUAACCAGUGAAGUAGAUAUAUUCGCUGGUGUUAACUGAUGUUUAAAGGAAAUUAGCAGUAAAAAUGUAUUUUGUCUCAUUUGAAAUAACUUUUAAAAUAAUUAAAGAUUUUUUAGAGCUGUUUCACAUCUUGCUUGGUUCGUGAAAUAUUUUGACUGAAGACAGUGAGCUGUCUGCCAUCUUGGAUUAUUCAGGUAUGCAUGUUACGUUACAAGUGGUGGUCACGCAAGAUUUGUAUCUUGACAGCCAGUGAUCAAUAUUAGCCAAAACCUCGUACUUGGUUAUUAUCUUAUUGGUCAUUGGAGAUACAUAUCAAUGCCUGGGCUAUAUCCCCACACAGUCAUCAAAACCAGAGUCAGUGAGGUUAAAUAUUAAUCCAAGAUGGCGGAAAGCUCUUUGCUUUUCUGUCAAAAUAGUCCAGAAUCCAGUGUAGUUAAGUUCCAUAUGAAACAUUUCCAACAAAAUGUAAUAUAUAAUUUUAAACGUUCUUUCAGUGAGACAAACUAUUAAGACUUUCCAUGAAUGUCCUGUAAUAAGACUAAUUUUUAUUAAUAAGAUAAAACUUUCUGUUAUAAUAUCAUAGACAAUAGUGGCGUUGGCUUCGAUUGCUCGUUGAAACGAGGAAUCCUCGAUAGUAUAAGCGACUCCUUAGAUGACAUUUCAUAUUAUAGCCAUAUAUGUUUUUGUUGUGUAGCAUUUUGGGCCGAGUGUAUCUGUGUAUGCAGAAAUUUAUUGCACGUUUAAUCGUUUAAAAACAUUAAGUUGUGUUUUCUCGUGUGAUGACUUUGAAAUACCGUCGAAACUUUGUCUUUGCA